AUGUCUACAUUUGACAAACUUUUCGCAAAGGGCAAGGCCAAAGUGAAGGAGUUCCAGGCCCAACACCAAGGAGGCCAGCCGCAACAGCAGCACGGCUAUCAGCAGCCAUCUCAGCAGGGCUACGGCGCGCCGCCAGGCCAGCAACCGCAAUACUCGCAGUCGCAGUACUCGGGCAGCCAGUACCCGCCGCAAGGCCAGUACCAGCAGCCUCAGCAGCAAUGGGGUCCUUCGCCAAAUCAAUGGCAGCCACAGCAGCAGCAGAACUGGGGCCCGCCGCCUCCUCACCAGCAGCAGCAAGGCUUCGCACCGCCCAUUCCGCAGAAUAAACCGCACUCGCCAGCGCCCCCUGUACCGCAGAACCGCCCCACGUCCGCGCAGCCUCCGCCGCCGCAGAACAUCCCGCCGCCCUACAGCGAGAAGGUCUACUGGAAGCCGUCCUUUGAUGCCGCGACUCCGGUGUCGCAAAACUUCCGCCACGAGCUUGGCGAUCACGGGUGGGGCAACGACGAGAAGCAAAACUACACCGACUCCCCUGCCAAUUCCUUCCACCAUGACAACCGCCUUGUCGUGCGCGCUCUUGUCCAGAACGGAACCUACACCUCGGCACGCCUGACCUCGCACCAGACGCUCUCCCGCCCGCGUGGCUACCUCGAAGCUACGACCCUCCCACCGUCGGCGCCAGGUAUCUGGCCCGCCUAUUGGAUGCUUCCCUGCGAGCCCUUCAAUUGGCCCGGCGACGGCGAGGUGGAUAUCAUGGAGAACUGGAACGACGAGAAGACGAACCACUCGUGUUUGCACUGGGGUCACUACAUCGGAGAGGAUGCACAGAAGCACCGCGUAGUUCAGACGCCUCUGCCCGACCUCACCACACGGCCACACACAUAUGGUUUCGCAUGGAUUGAGGAAGAAGGCAUCCCCGGUUGGAGGGGCAGGCUCAUAUGGUUCAUUGAUGGGAGACCGGUCAUGAAAGGCAGUAUACCAGCUGGGUCGAGGAGGAUGGAGGACUACAGAUUGCUCAUCAACAUCGCCAUGGGUGGUACAUGUAACAAGGGCAAGUUGCCCAGUGACGGGUACUAUGAUCUUGUUGUCAGCGAUGUAAAGAUGUGCGAAGAACCAGUGGGAGGGUGGCAAGCCUUUGAACACGCCUGGAAUAGUACUCCAGAAGGCAAGGUCAUGUGA